AUGGCGCCCAUUUCUCUCGCAGAUGUAAUCGCGAAUCGCACAUCUGUCUCGCUUGCGCGAUCACAGCGCCUCGUAUCCUCAUGGCUCCCUCCACCCCCUCCUCAAGAUUCCGAAAUCGCCAAAAGUUCAGUGAAGCAGGAACAGGCGGAUGUCUUUACACCUGAACCCGAAUUACGCGGCCUUGGUCGUCAGGCGCCCAAAGACGAGGGAUUAGGGGCAAGUAACGGCGUCGUGAAUUCACAAGAGGAGCAAUUGAGGAAACGGCUGUUGGGAAAAGGAGCUCCGGGAAACAAACGCAAACGUAACGAUCAGUUUGGAUUAGAGAGACAAGAUCUCAGCACCAAAAAGCCGCGGUCCGUACAAUCUUCUCAAAAGCGGAUGGGCGAUUCGGACAUGGAUGACGACGAAGACGUUGGGCGAUCUGCAGUGGGAAACCCCAGGAAACCGUCAGCAAAAGUUCAAAAUAAUUCUCUCAACGACGGAGAAGAUCUUGUAAGGGAAGACGAAAAUGAGUUUACCGACUGGAACGGAUUAGAAGACGAUCCGACAUUAGGAAAGCCAACGAAUUACUUGGAUAUUGUGCUUGCUGAGAAAGCCCGGAAGCGAAAUAAAAAGAAGAGGAAGAGGAGGAAGAAACAAGACGCAGAAAGCGAUGCAAUGAAAUCCAAAGUCGGGUAG